AUGGCUUCUAAACUCCUGACAAACAUAAAGGAGGAGGUGACCUGCCCCAUCUGCCUGGACCUCCUGAAGGAACCCCUGAGCCUGGGCUGUGGCCACAGCUUCUGCAAAGCCUGCAUUACUACAGCAAACAAGGAGUCCAAGACAAGCCAGGAAGAGAAGAGCACCAGUUGCCCUGUGUGCCAAUUCCAUUACUGUGCUAAGGAGCUGCGGCCUAACUGUCACGUGGCCAACAUAGUGGAGAGGUUCCGAGAGGUCAAGGUGAGCUCUGAGGAAGGGCAAAAGAGAAAUCUCUGUGAACGCCAUGAAGAGAAGCUCUUGCUCUUCUGUAAGAAGGAUGGGAAGGUCCUUUGCUGGGUUUGUGAGCGGUCUCAGGAGCACCGUGGUCACCAAACGGUCCCCAUGGAUGAGGCUGUCCAAGAGUACCAGGAGAAGCUCCAGACAGCUCUGCAGAAGGUGAGAAAGGAGCAGCAGGAAGCAGAGAUGUUGAAUGCUAACCUCAGAGAACAGAGAACCUCCUGGAAGAAUCAUAUGCAAAAUGAGAAAAAGUAUGUCCAUACACAGUUUAAAAAACUGAAGACUAUGCUGGAGCAUAAGGAGAAGAAUAUAGUGCAGAGGCUGGACAACGAGGAGGAAACUAUUCUCAACUCCUUUGUCUCAGUGGAGGAUGAAGUGGCCCAGCACAGCCAGAUAGUGAAAGACCUGAUUUCAGAACUAGAGCAUCGGCUUCAGGGGUCAACAGUAGGCAUGCUGCAGGAUGUGCAUUCCGUCAUGGAAAGGAGUAAGAACUUGUCUCUGAAGAAACAAAAAGCUUUUCUCAAGGAACAAAAGAAAGUGUCCGGAAUUUCUGUUCUGAAAGAGAUAAUGCAAAUGUUUAUAGAUUUAGUUUUACAGGACUCCACUGUCAGGACAAGAAGAAAGGAGGGGAGCACUGCAAUGAAUUUUCCAGCACAGAUGAACAUACAGAUGGAAGUGACCUGCCCCAUCUGCCUGGAUCUUCUGACAAUGCCCCUGAGUCUGGACUGUGGCCACAGCUUCUGCCAAGCUUGCAUCACUGCAAAGAGUCAGGAUUCAGGGGUCCACCAAGGAGGGGAAAGCAACUGCCCAGUGUGCCAGUGCAAAUACCAGUUUUGGAAUCUCCGACCUAAUCAGCCCCUGGCCAACAUAGUGAAGAAAGUCAAAGAGAACAUGAGCCCAUGGCAGAAAAAGCUCUGUGAGCACCAUGGAGAAAAACUCCUGAUCUUCUGUAAGGAGGAUGGGAAGUUAAUUUGCCAGCACUGUGCCCAGUCUCUGGAGCACAGUGGUCAUCAAAUAUUCUUCAUGGAGAAGGUGGCCAAGAACUAUCAGGAAAAGCUCCAGGCAGCACUGAAGAAACUGAGGAAGGAGCAGCCGAAAAUGGAGGAGUUGGAAGCUAGCAUCAGAGAGGAGAAAGCUUCCUGGAAGAAUCAUAUGCAGACUGAGAGACAAAGGAUUCUGAAAGGGUUUAAUGACAUGAGAGCAACCCUGGACAGCGAGGAGAAGAGGGUGCUACAAAAGCUGGAGGAAGAUGAAGUGAAUGUGCUGGAUAACUUGGUAGUGGCCAGAGACCAACUGGCCCAGCAGAAGCAGUGCUUAAGGGAGCUCAUCUCAGAUAUUGAACAUCAGAUAUGGGGGUCAUCAGUAGACACAGUGCAGGAUAUGAUUAAUGUCAUGAAAAGGAGUGAGAGGUGGACCUUGAAGAAGCCAAAUAUUGUUUCCAAGAAACUGAAGAGUACAUUCCGAAUUCCAGAUCUGAGUGGGAUGCUGCAAGUGUUUAAAGAGCUGACAGAGGUCCAACGCUACUGGGUGGAUGUGUUGCUGAAGCCAGUCAAUGCUAUUUCGAAUAUUGCCAUUUCUGCUGAUAAAAGACAAAUGACAACUGUGCACAACUUCUCUCUUAAAAAUGUAUUUAUAUGUGAUUUCUCUGCUUUUGAUGUCUUGGGCUACCAACAUUUUUCCUCAGGGAAGUAUUACUGGGAAGUAGAUGUGUCUGAAAAGAUUGCCUGGAUCCUUGGGGUGUACAGUAAAGCAAGAAACCUCAAGAGAAAAGAGAGUUCUGGGUUUGUUUUUGAUCCAAAUGUAAAUCGUCCAGAUGUUUACUCCAGAUACAAACCUCAGUUUGGCUACUGGGUUAUUGGUUUACAAAAUGAAUCUGAGUAUAAGGUCUUUGAGGAGUCUUCCACCUCUGAUCCCAGGAUCUUGACUCUUUUCAUACCUGUUCCUCCCUGUCGUAUUGGGGUUUUCCUUGACUAUGAAGCACGUGUUGUCUCAUUUUUCAAUGUCACAAACCAUGGGUCACUCAUCUACAGGUUUUCUAAUUGUCAGUUUUCUCAUGCUGCUUAUCCAUAUUUCAAUCCUUGGAAUUGUCAACGCCCCAUAACCUUGUGCCCACCGAGUUCCUAAACUUUCUCAGUCCCUCACCCACUUCUGUGUAGCACCCCUUGUCCUGGGGUUCAUCUACAACUGAGCUCAUCUGCACCAUUCUGAACAUGUCUUCCUUCUUUUCUCCAUCUUUCAUUUUAGAAUGUUUUUGAGAUAGUCUGCCAGGACUGCUGUCACAAAAUACCACAGAAUGGGAGGCUCAAACAACAGAAAUUUCUUGUCUCACAGUUCUGGAGGCUGGAAGUCUAAGACCAAGGUGUCAGCAGAGUUGGUUUUUCCUGAGGGCUGUGAGGGAAGAGUAUAUUCCUCACCUUGUAGACGCCUAUCUUCUCAUCUUCCCAAUAUGUAUUUUUAUGUUCCCAAAUCUCUCUUUUUCUAAGGACACCAGUCAGAUUGGAAAAGGACCCACCCUAAUUACAUCAUUUUAAUUUAGUCACCCCUGUAAAGAACCUAUUUCCAAAAAGUCACAUUCUCAAGUAUUGGGGGUUAGGAUUGUAACACAGGAAUUUGGGUGGAACACAAGUCAACUCAACAGUCUUUUAUACAUCCCUACCAUGCAGUGAAAGCUUGAGGUUUUCCUUCCUAAUAUUUUGUCUUCAUUAGGGGAGAAUGCUUUCUUUUUCCUUAUUAGUUUUUGCUUAGUAUUAGGAGAGAAUGCUUUUUUGCAAAGGGAACACAUCUAAUCCCUUUUAUAGAAAGAGCAGUAUUGCUGUACCUCCUCUGACAUCUCCUUUCCACAUUCCCUCUGUUUAAGGGAAUUAACAAAGGAAAAAUUAUAAAUUCUAUCCAAGUGCAUAGGGCAUAGAACAGUGCAUAGGAAUCUGUCACUAGGUAAUAAAUCCUUCAGAGUGUGUUGCUUUACCAAUAACACCCCUUUAUGUAUCACAGAGUUAAAGCAGAAGUGCAUAAGUAAAAUAUAUAGUAAGAGUAGAUUUUUGGUACUCAGAGUUUCUAAGGUCAAAUCUUGUCUCUUUACUUAUAAGCUGUGUAAAUUUGAACAAGUCUCUUAGCACCUCUUGCUCUCAUUUUCCUAAAAAAAAAAAAAAAAAAAAAAAUUGAUGUUAAAGAUUGUACCUAUUUCGUAGAGUCACAUUGAGAAAUCAAAUUUUAUUAGAGGUGAAGCACUUACCUCAGAGUCUUAUAUGUAAGAAUAAAUAUCUGUUACUGCUGGAAAAAUACAAGCUGUAUCGAUGAGAAUUUUGUUUGUUUGUUUGUUUGUGUUUGGUCUUGCUUUAAUAAAUGAUAAUUGACUCUA